GUAGCGGCACGUGAUAAACAAUUCUUCUCUCGACAAUCCAGCAACACGAGUAAAUCCUCGUUCCUGUCGUCCACGUCCACCUAUGUAAGCAUUACCCCGAUCACACCGGCACGCAAAAGUGUGGCCGGUUGCCCCGUCAAUCCGGUUCCAUUGCUUCGUGUUUUGGAGAGUAGCAAUCAAGAUCUGAGCACAUGCGAACCUCAACCCGGUGCGAAUAAUAAUGAUAAUAAUGACAGUUCAUCCCCGGAGCCGAUCAAGGCGAGUCAGACUCAUUUGUUAGUCGUACCCGAUCUGGAUUGUAUGGAAAAACCGAGAAAACAAUUCGGUUUGGAUGUGCCCAAAUCCGGUCUAGCUCAACGUCGUUGCAGUACACCACUUCUCUCAUUGAACAAUGGCGGGGCCAAAUCGUUCGACCCUAUUCCUAUGCGAGAGCCGGAUCUGCGUAAGCAAUCGUUCGCAACACCACAAAUGCGUAGGAAAAGUAGUAACGAUGUGUUUGCUUCACUGUUUCACGGACGCACGUCAGAACCCUCGGCUCCGGGAAGAGCGGGUGAAGAACCAUUGCUUCUCCAGAUGCUUCGUCGACAACAUCAUCGCACAUUACGUAUUCUCAUCAUAUUACUGUUGGUGUUUGUUGUGUGUCGCGCUCCGCGUGCAAUUAUUCUCAUGAUCGGUUGGCUUCAAUCCCAUUGUUUGUGCGUAUCACCGACUCAGGCCUAUGCCUGGUUACACUAUGCCAGUUUAUGGUCCCAUACAAGUGCGGUGUUUGAUACCAUUGUGUAUGGUUUCUGGGGUAAUCGGACAUAUCGUACACGGCUUCGUCAUUGGUAUUCUAAAUGUAUCACCUGCACAAAACACGAAUAA